AUGGCCCUGCAAAAAGGGACAUCAGAGUACCAGCGGCAGCUCAGGAGGCGGCCCUUUGGACAUAUAACAUACUAUAUCUACAAUGUGCAUUACGACCCGCAGGAAGCGCAGCUGAAAUACUGCGAGGAUGCGACGUUUUGGGACCACAAGGAUAAGGGUGGCGUGCUGCAGGAGAGGCUACUCUUGCUUUCUUGUGACCCAAAUCGCAAGGCAUGGAACACCGUGAUGGGUCCUCUACGGGACCCGAACCCUCGUGGUGCGCUCUGGGUAUAUGACCCGAAAUCAGACAGCCUGCAAAAGGUUUCAUUCACUGGCUACCCCGAGGGCCACGACUUUCACCCGCUGGGCCUGGAGAUAUGGCCUUCAUACGCGGGGAACGCCUCGAAUCUCUUCGUAGUCAACCACGCACGGCACAACACCACUAUCGAGCAGUUCUACAUGUCGCCGUCCCACCCGUCGCGGGCAACCUGGGUGCGUACGCUGACAUCAAAAUACUUCGUCUCGCCCAACUCCGUAGCCCUCACGUCGCCCACCUCGUUCUACGUCAGCAAUGACCAUCUGAUGACCAGACGAGUCCCGAGCUUGCUGGGAGAAAUUCUGCCCAUGACCGAGUCGGUCUUUGGACUGCCGCUUGGCUGGGUUUCCCAUGUCUCUGUUGACAGCCCCGACCCAGGAUCAGUGUCAACCCAGCAUACUUUCUCUGCGAUAGGAAUACCCUUCCCGAACGGUGUAGCGUUAUCCCACGACGGACAGCAACUAGCGGUAGCCUCGAGCUCGAUGGCAGAAGUCCGGUUCUACGCGCGGGAGUCGCUCACAAACGCCCUUCGCCUGCAGAGUAAAGUGCCACUGCCCUUCGCCGCCGACAACAUUAUGUUCGACGACGAGGGAACGCUGAUAGUCGCGGGCCAUCCCCACUUCCCAUCGCUCAUCGCGGUCUCAAAGAACAAGACCGACGCAGCCGCACCGAGCUGGGUUGUCGCCGUUAAGCCGCGCAGCCUGUACCACAAGCACCCUGAGACCGGGGCGCACCUGGUGCUGCACACACCUUCCCCAGAGUUUGACAUGCAGGCUCCCUUGCCGGCGUCUGCUAAAGUUCCUCCCGCGCGCAGCCAUACUGUGGAGACUUUAUAUCAAAGCGAUGGAGGUGUCAAUGGCUUCCCGAACUCCUGCACAGCUCUACGGGAUAGCCAGGCAGGCACAUUGUACGUGACGGGUUUGUACACUGAAGGCGUUCUAGUCUGUAGACCUUGA